GAGCAGAGAGAGGAGAGGAGAGCAGAGCAGAGAGAGAGGUGUUUCACCACAAGGGAGAAAAAAAAGUAAAAGAGGAGGUAAAAAAAGAAUCGAGAGGAAGAAGAGAAAGGGAGUGUUUCAAUCACCACAAGAACUGGAACAAAGAACAUGAGAGAAAGAGAAACAUUGGGAGGAAGAAAGAAGAGAAGGAGAGAGAACAUAACAAUGAGACUUCCUUUUCUGACCCUUGACCUCUUGAGUGUGUCGCUUCGAGGUUUCCUACAGAUACAGAUCUAGGAUCAGCUUCGCCUCCUCCAAUCCUAAGCUUAACCAUUAGUGGUGGAAAUGCAAAACCGACCCAAGAUCAGCACCUAAGGGGAAUUUCACUUUGGGUGUGACAGAUGGAGGAACACGGAUUGGUUCGGUGUAGAGUGAAGUUGCCCCUAGGGUCAGUUUUGCAUUUAAAGUUUUGAUAAGGGGGUGAAGCUGAUCCUAGAACUGGACCUAGAGAUAACUUCACCCAGAGAGAGAGAGUGAGAAAGAGAUUGAUAGAGAGAGAGGAAAGAGAGAUGCAGAAGACAGGGACAGAGAAAGAGAGAGAGAUCCAGAGAGAGGAAGCCCUGGGGAGAGGACACAGUUUCCUCUUUAAGACCAGAUCGCAACAAGUGGAUCUGAUUUGAACAAGCUCUCCAGGACCUGAGAGAGAGAAAGGAGAGAGGGAGAGAGGUAGUGAGAGAGUCAGACAGGGAGCAAGAGAGAGAGAGAGAGAGAGAGAGAAGGAGAGAGGGAGUGAGAGAUACAGACAGGGAGAGACAAGGAGAGAGAGGAGAGAGGGAGUGAGAGAUACAGACAGGGAGAGAGAGAGAGAGGGAGAAACAUAGAAAUUAAAAGACGUUUAGUUGCUGCUCAUCUUGACCCAGACCCAGAUGGAGAUCCAGUCCUAACAGAGCUCUCUGUAGAGGAAGAGGAACUGAACUCCUUGAAAAUAGGAUUACAAACCCUGGACUACAAUAGACCUGCGAUUGUAGAGCCUCAACUACAGAACCCAUAGAACCAUAGGACCACUAACACAGAGAACUGCAACCUUACGACCAUAACCUUAAACCUGCAACUACACAACCAUAACCAACAAUUGCAAUCAUAGAACCUUAGGAAAAGAACCUUAGGACUUCCGUAACCACAGAAACGUAACCUCACGACCACAACCAGAACACGGUCAGGAUGGGCCAUCGCAGAAGAAGAUGCAAGAGACGACUCCUCAGGGUGGCCAGAUACCUGUACCGCUGGUUCACUGGGACCCUGGUAGAAGACAGUGUAGUGGAGGAUGGAGAGUUAUCUACAGUGUGUUAUAGACCAGAGGGGUUGGACCAGCUACUACAACAGACUAAGUUCACCAGGAGAGAACUACAGAUCCUCUACAGGGGCUUCAAGAAUGAAUGCCCUAGUGGUGUGGUGGAUGAAGAGACAUUCAAGUUAAUCUACUCCCAGUUCUUUCCUCAGGGAGACUCCAGCACCUACGCUCAUUUUCUGUUCGAAGCGUUUGACACCCACAAGAAUGGAACGGUGAGCUUCGAAGACUUCGUCACAGGCCUGUCAAUCAUCCUGAGAGGCUCUGUCACAGAGAAACUCAACUGGGCUUUUAACCUCUACGACCUCAACAAAGAUGGCUUCAUCACCAAAGAGGAGAUGACUGAUAUAAUGAGCUCUAUCUAUGACAUGAUGGGGACAUGUACGUACCCCUGUAUGCAGAACGACGCCCCCAAGGAGCAUGUCGACAACUUCUUCCAGAAAAUGGACAAGAACAAAGAUGGCGUGGUCACCAUUGAGGAGUUUCUGGAGUCUUGUCAAAAGGAUGAGAACAUCAUGCAGUCCAUGCAUCUGUUUGACAACGUCAUUUAGUGACACUUCCUGUGGGUGUGGCCUAAAGGACAGGGUGCCCAUAUUUAACCUCACAGCCUCCACCCCUAGCUCCCCUCUAUC